CAGCAACCUGCAUUAUCAAUAUCAAAUUUCUAUUUGCAUACGGACUACGGAGGAAGUGCAGAAGAGUUUAAACAUUUUCCCUCUAUCACAUUAAGCCGGAGGGAGGCCUUCAUCCUGAAGUCUUCACGUCACUGUUCAAGCAUAAAAUGCAAUGGGUGGACCAGCAGAUGGCACCAAACUCAUUCAGAGUCUAAAGACCGAUCUAAUAAAAUCCCUGGGUGAUGAUCCGGAUUUUGUCCUGCAGCACUGCCAUUCCCAGAAAAUAUUGUCUAAUAAUGAGUAUAACAAUAUCAAAGAUAUUCGCAAGAGGUCCGAGCAGAUUCGGGAUAUCCUGGACUGUGUGAUUAACAAAGACGACAAAUGUGCACUGAAAUUCCUAAGGCUGCUAAGAAGUCAAGACAUGCAAGAGACAUUUCCAGACCUACAAGAGCUUUUGUCUGAUCUGUCAAUCAACAAACAAACAAUACAAGAAUCCACAGAAACGACAAGAAAGAGGAAACAGGAUCUGCUGGAAAACAAUGUUAACCAAAAGAGGCUGCGCAUGACCAACUCCAGAUUGGUGACCGAGAAGGAGAUGAUGAUGGUGGCCCGCUGGAUUGGGAACAGCUGGAAGCAGGUGGGCAUAACGGCACUUGAUAUGAACACCAUUGUGCUUCAACAGAUAGAAGAGGACAACAGGCAACACACGGACCGUGUUUUCGCCAUGUUACGACGUUGGAGCAUGCGUGAGAGGAAUGAGGCCACGCCGGCCCAUCUGUAUGACCUUUUAACCCAGGAGGAGAACGGUGUGGACCCUAUAAAAAUUAACUUCCUCCUGAAAAGCAGUUGAGGCUGCUGUGAGCACUGAGUAAUACAAGUAGCAGUUUUCAAGUGCAAACAUGCAACCACAUCACUAGAGGGAGCUAUGACUGCUAUUCAGUUAUAAUGGAUGUUUACUUAUUUUUUUUGUAGUUUUUUGUGUUGUUUGUUUAGUAAAGGCUACAUAAAAGUACAACAUAAGCAUCAAUGCAACAAGAUAAAGAUCAUAUGGGUGUUUUUUAAUGUUUGCAUUUCAAACCUAAUGUCCAGAUUCUUAGGUUAUUUCAACAUUUGCUUAAACUUUGUUUUUAAUUUUGUGUUUCAGAAUUUCUUUUUCAAAGAAAAUCAAUCCAGGAAUGAAUUGGCCAGUAGAGUUUUGUCUGUAGCAUUUCUUUUUCUUUUCAGAAAUAGUUUUAUUUUUGUGUUUUUUUUAUGACAUUAGCUCACCAUAUGUGUUGUUCUGUUAUGCUUAUUUUACAUGAGAUCUAAAAAAACAUGUACAGUCUUAUUUUUAAACCAUGUUUGCACUUACAUGAGACAUAAUCACUUUUUUCUCAGGUGAACCGUCCCAGUUGUUCAGCUGUAAUAAAUUCAACAAAACUGUACAAUUCCAUUUUGUUAAACAAAUGUGAAGGCUUUUAUCUGAGUUUUAAAACUUGAAGUAAUUCCGUGAACAGAUAAGGAAGGCCUCAUGUUUAUGACAGAAGUUUUAAAAGAUUUAUGUUCCAACAGAAACCGCUAUCUGGCAACGUUGUGGAGACCUUUGAUCUCUCGCGCAAGUAUCACGUUGUUUCACCCUGAUGCAUUUUCACCCGGGUGGUUCACCCGUGUUCACCCUUGUUUUUCCUGCCAAGCAUGUGAUGGGACUGGAGGCGGAGCUUUGUACAAUUCCAUUGCGCAGGCUGGUUAUUUAACAGCAUCUGGCCUUGUCAGACCUUGUGGAAUUUUUUUGAAUUUGGAUUAUAAAACCAUUUUUCUACAUUCCAACCUGACAUGGGUCCAUUCAUUUCAAUGUCAACAAGAUGCUUAAAUUUAUGGAAAAAUUAUGUGUGGAUAUAUUCUUUCACUGUAAAUGCUAUUUUUCAUUCACAUCUCAUUUCUGUUUUGUAUAUGAUUUAUGUUUCAGGUGAUGGGAUCCUUUUAUUUUAAGUAAAAAAAUGAAAAAUAAAUAUGAUCAAAUAGUUAA